AUGAUAAAAAUACACGACACAAAUAUAUAUAGUAACGUCGGUGACGGAGAACAGCAGGCUCGAAAAACAUCGCCAGUACGAAAUUGACGUACGUGUUGGAAAAAACAAAAACAAAAGCAACGCGACGCAUUGCAAAUUGCAAUAUCAGCAUUCAGCAGCGAUGGUUGAAAUUGAAAACAUAACAAAGUGAAAGCAAAACACAAAACACGAACCUCGCUCUGUCUCUUUCUCUAUUCCUUUUGGAGAUGCUGCCGCCGACGAGUGUUUCUCCGCUCCCCCUCCGCCGGCGGUGAGACGAUGCAAGAGACGCUCCUCACUCUCCCUCUCUCUCCGCGCGACGACAUCCGCAUUCCCGUUCCCGCCAAGAAGAAGAAAGCGCAGCAGCAGCAGAAUAACAGCAGCAGUGGUCAUUCGAGUCGCGUGUCGCGGCGCGUGAGUCCGGCUUCCGGCGAGAAGUCUCUCCCGAACGGCGACAUCUACAGCGGCGCGGUGUCGGGGAACGCGCCGCACGGCACCGGCAAGUACCUCUGGUCCGAUGGGUGCAUGUACGAGGGGGAGUGGCGCAAGGGCAAGGCCUGCGGCAGGGGCCGCUUCUCGUGGCCCUCCGGCGCCACCUACGAGGGCGAGUUCAAGUCCGGUCGCAUAGACGGCUUCGGCUCCUUCAUCGGCGUGGACGGCGACAUGUACCGCGGCUCAUGGCUCGCCGACCGGAAGCACGGCUUCGGCGAGAAGCGCUACGCCAACGGCGACGUCUACGAGGGUUGGUGGAAGUGCAACCUGCAGGACGGAGAAGGCAGGUACGCGUGGCGCAACGGGAACGAGUACGUUGGUGAGUGGAAGGGUGGCGUCAUUUCCGGCAAGGGCGUCUUGGUGUGGGCUAACGGAAACCGCUACGAGGGGUAUUGGGAGAACGGCGUGCCCGUGGGGAAGGGUGUUUUCACGUGGUGCGAUGGUAGCACUUGCGCUGGGAAUUGGGGGAAGGAGUUUAUGGAGGAGGCACGUGAUGAGGAGAAGAUGAAGCGGUGUUCGGUGGAUGGCUGUCGGAGUGUGACUUUUCCCAGGAUUUGUAUUUGGGAGCUCGAUGGAGAAGCUGGUGACAUCACGUGUGACAUUGUUCACAAUGCUGAGGCUUCUAUGUUUUACAGGGAUGCUAGUGGUACUAGUGAGUCCGAGUAUGGUGGAGAUGAUAAUAAUAAUAAUAAUAAUAAUAAUAAUGGGGUUUUGCAGAAGAGCCCUUGUUGGUCUCUUGAUGAGGUUAAGAAGCCUGGCCAAACUGUGUCUAGAGGGCAUAAGAAUUAUGAUCUCAUUCUUAAUCUUCAACUGGGUAUUAGAUACACUGUUGCCAAGCAUGCUUCUAUUGUGAGAGAGCUUAGGCCAGGGGAUUUUGAUCCCAAGGAGAAAUUCUGGACGAGGUUUCCACCGGAAGGGUCUAGGUUUACGCCGCAGCAUAAUUCUGUGGACUUCAGGUGGAAAGACUACUGUCCCAUGGUGUUCAGACAUCUAAGGGAAUUAUUUGCCAUAGAUCCUACGGAUUACACGCUUGCUAUUUGCGGAAGUGACACACUUAGGGAGAUGUCUUCACCGGGCAAAAGUGGAAGCAUCUUUUAUCUCACUCAAGAUGACCGCUUCAUAAUUAAGACUGUCAAGAAGUCUGAAGUCAAGGUGCUCAUCCGGAUGCUUCUAAGUUACUACCAACAUGUUUGUCAGUACAAGAACUCCUUGGUGACAGCAUUCUUGGGCGUGCAUUGUGUCAAACCUGUUGGAGGUCAGAAGACCCGGUUUAUUGUAAUGGGCAAUGUGUUUUGCUCCGAGUACCGGAUUCACAAAAGGUUUGAUCUCAAAGGUUCUUCUCAUGGUCGAACAACGGAUAAGCCGAGGGAGGAGAUUGAUGAGACUACCACUCUCAAAGACCUUGAUCUUAAUUUUGUCUUUCGCCUGGAGCAGUCUUGGUUUCAAGAGCUUAAAUGGCAACUUGAUAGAGACUGUGAGUUCUUGGAAGCAGAGGGAAUCAUGGAUUACAGUCUUCUAAUUGGCCUGCAUUUUCGUGAUGAUUGCUCAGUUGAUGAAAUGAAAGGUUCACCACGGGAUUCCAAUUCAGGCAAGAGAGACAUGCACGAUGAUGAUGAGAUGCUCACAUGCCGGGGACCUCUAAUCCGUCUCGGAAUGAACAUGCCUGCCAGAGCUGAGAGAGUGUGUAAGACUGGAGUGGAUCAGCAAACGGGUGGUGGAAGUAGCAAUUCUACCCCAUCAGAGAGUAAUAGCCAGAUCUCUGAUGUCAUCCUCUACUUUGGUAUCAUUGACAUUCUCCAAGACUAUGAUAUUAGCAAAAAGAUAGAACAUGCAUACAAGUCAUUACAAGUGGACUCCACCUCUAUCUCAGCUGUUGAUCCCAAGCUAUACUCCAAAAGGUUUAGGGAUUUCAUACACAGAAUCUUUGUAGAGGAUAAAUGACAUGAUAUGCUUGGAGACAAAUGAGUAUAGGAUGUGAACCGGGACCAACUCUGGCUUGCUAAGGUGACAACAUCCCAUGCACCAUGAAUUGCUGCAAACAUGGGUGUGAUUUCAACACACAUUUAGAUUGGAAUACAUUAUGGUUGUUGAUGGCUAAAUUUUUCUCAUAGCCAUUGCAAAUAUAAUGGUUGAAACGGAUGGGGGACACGAAUGACCAUUUUUUUCACUUUUGUUGGGGGGAGGGAUUGUCACACUAGCUUGUACAGGGCAUGUGAUAAGAGUUCUUUUUAUUUUAUUGCUUUUGUUAUGGAUGUAGACAUUGUGGGGUGCGGAGAGAUUCAAAUUGACCCGGGAGGGGGUAAUAACUGUACAGACAGUCAAAAGAUUUGAUAAUAGAAUUGAAUUGAACAUACAUUUUUGGUUGGAGCAAUCAAAAAGAGAGGGUUUACCUGUUGAGCAAGAAAGAAAAGUUCCCAGAGGGGGCCCUCAAUCUCUCUCUUUCUGUCUCUGUGAUGUGCGUUCAAACGGGUUUUUUUUAAGACUUUUUCAGCAAUGCAUAAAAAGAAGAGAAAAGCAGAAGAGGGUGGGUGUUUCGUUGGUUUGUAAAAACCAAGUUUGAAAAAGCAGAAUAACAAUAAUACAGUGGUAUGGUAUGUCCCUUUUACUUCUUUUGAACAAUACCGAGAGCAAGGUGCAAAGAAGACGACAAAGCAAUCGCGUCAAUGUGGACCUGUGUGUGGACCAGAUAGCUAUUUAUGCAUGUUAUGCCUCGGCAUUUUAAUAAUGAGAAAAAUGAUGGAACUUGACAGAGAAGUCUCCUCUUCACUCAAUAUGUGACCCCACAAAGACCAAAAAAAUAUUGAUAUUGAUAUCUCAUGUUGAGGUCAAAUCAGAAGAAUAGUGGAUUUUGUGUUGGCAAACAGAUCCUAAUGCAACAACUGAGUGAUUUGGCAGUUUUUGAGCAUGACCAUGUCCUGUGUCCGACACUACUGCACUGUGAGUGAAACAUCCUUGUAGAAUAGUAAUUAUACUGAAUCUGGCACAGCCUACAUGGCAUCUGUUCGUUUCCUAUUUCUUCUGAAACCACUGGAUUGGAUUGGAUUUGAUUCACCCACUCACCUUCAUUAUUUAUGAAUUUUCUUUUUUCUUGGCUUUUCAUGAGGCAGUAAUUAUAAUUCCAAUAUGGACAAUAAUUAUCUAUGCAUUUUCAUUUUUCACGUUCCAACACAAUUGAAAAUUUCCCUUCCAAUCCUUUGUCAUGUAAUCUAUUGUGCUACCACUACGUACGUUUUCCAGUUUUA